AAACUCCAGACAGCUCAGAUUCUGGACUGGGAGCACAAGGGGAUGGCAUGAAGGAUUCAUCACCAAGUGCAGUAGCUAAUCCUAGCCUUUCAGCUAAUGAUGAUUUCAAAUCACAUGAGCUAUCCAAUCUUCGCCUGGAGAAUCAGCUGCUGCGGAACGAAGUUCAAUCUUUAAAUCAAGAAAUGGCUUCAUUAAUUCAGAGGUCCAAAGAAACACAAGAAGAAUUGAACAAAUCCCGGGAAAGGGUCGAGAAGUGGAAUGUUGACCAUUCAAAGAGUGACAGGAUGGUUAGAGAACUUCGAGCUCAAGUUGAUGAUCUGACAGAAGCUGUUGGUGCCAAGGAUUCACAGCUAGCUGUGCUGAAAGUACGGUUGCAGGAAGCUGAUCAGCUCUUAAGUGCUCGGACAGAAGCUUUGGAAGCAUUGCAGAGUGAAAAAUCACGGAUAAUACAGGACCACAGUGAAGGGAGCAGUUUGCAAAAUCAAGCCCUUCAAACUCUUCAGGAGAGGCUGCGUGAUGCAGACUCCGCACUCAAGCGAGAGCAAGAAAGUUACAAACAAAUGCAGAAUGAGUUUGCAGCUCGUCUAAGUAAAAUGGAAACAGAACGUCAGAACUUGGCAGAAGGGAUAACUGUAGCGGAAAGAAAGUAUUUGGAUGAAAAGAGGCGAGCUGAUGAGCUUCAGCAGCAAGUCAAACUAACUAAAAACCACCUAGAAUCUGCAAAACAGGAACUGACAGACUAUAAACAGAAAGCUACUCGCAUACUCCAAUCUAAAGAAAAGUUGAUAAACAGCUUAAAAGAAGGCUCUGGUAUUGAAGGCCUGGAUAGCAAUACUGCAAGCACAAUGGAACUAGAAGAACUGAGACAUGAGCGAGACACUCAGAGGGAAGAAAUACAAAAACUAAUGGGGCAGAUACAACAGAUGAGAACAGAGCUGCAGGAUAUGGAGACUCAGCAGGUAAGUGAAGCUGAGUCAGUGAGAGAGCAGCUUCAAGACCUACAAGAGCAAAUAGCAGCGCAUAAAAUGGCCAAGCAGGAGUCAGAAGCUGAACUAGAACGGCAAAAACAGGAACUCCGUUAUACCGAAGAAGAAUUGUAUCGAACAAAGAAUACUUUGCAAAGCAGAAUAAAAGACAGAGAGGAAGAAAUUCAGAAGCUCAGAAAUCAGCUCACAAACAAGGCUCUAAGUAGUAGUAGUCAGACAGAAUUAGAAAAUCGGCUUCAUCAGCUGACAGAAACACUAAUUCAGAAGCAAACCAUGUUAGAGAGCCUGAGCACAGAGAAAAACUCACUUGUCUAUCAACUGGAACGACUUGAGCAACAGCUGAAGGCAAUCCAAGGCACUAGUACUAACGGACCUUCCAUUAAUAUGGCAGGCAUUGAUGGUGCUGAAGGUGCUCGUAUGCGUAAUGUUCCUGUGCUGUUUAGUGACAUGGAUACUAACAUGGCAGGAAUGUAUGGGAGAGUUCGCAAAGCUGCUAGCAGUAUAGAUCAGUUUAGCAUUCGGCUGGGAAUCUUUCUAAGGCGGUAUCCCAUAGCAAGAGUCUUUGUAAUCAUUUACAUGGCGUUGCUUCAUCUCUGGGUCAUGAUUGUUCUACUUACCUACACCCCAGAGAUGCAUCAUGACAGUCCCAGCGGCAGAUAGACCGAGACAGGACCAUAUGCUGUGCUAAUGUAAUUUGGACUGGCAGUGUCUUUAGAAUAAUCAGUCGUGAAGUAUCAGCAAACUUUUCCUCAUGGUUUUCAGGAAGAAUGAAAACCAUCAUGCCUGAUCUGUCACUACUUUUUCAAAUACAUGUGUAAUACUAUGUAGCUUUUUCAAUUUACCUAAAGGAGUGUCAUUUUCCUGGAGAAAUAAAGCUAUUAAGUUAAGCUAUGGUUAGCCUUUACAUCUUAUAUAGACUUUCUGGUGGUUAGUGUAAAAGAUAAGGGUUGCACCUACAGAGAAAUGCAAGGAUUUCUGAAAUUCCAGCUAUAUAUGAUAUAAACUAUUUUAGAUCAUAAUGGAUGUGGGCUAUGGUCAGGUAAUAAACUGUACUUAGCAAUUUAAAUA